AAUGAUGACGUCAUCUUUCGAAGCAUUUAGUACGCCAUGUUUUUCAUUCUGCGAAGGGGGAAAUCUGCUCAUCUCUAAAUGAAAGAAUGGAUUCAUCGUGAAAUGGAUGUGAAAAUGCUGUGAAAUGUAAUCAUUUCCUUAACAACAUUGCAUAGAACACAUUGACGAGGAAAAAUCGAGGAAACAAACAGGAAAACGUCAAAAAAUGGCGCUUGAAACCCUGUUUGAAACACCCCCGCCUCUCGUGUCCUGUGAAAACAAAGAAAGCCUAAAUGAAGGCUCAGAAAGGAAUCCUGAAGAGGAUGGCGAGAUCUUGGAAGAUGGUGAGCUCAGCGACGAUGUCGGAGGAGUCCAGCAAACCGAUGAGAUGGGCAACGAAGAGGAGGGGUACAUGGAUGGAGGAGGCGGUAACUAUGGUUACGAAAAUGAUGCAGGGGUGGAGGAGGAAAUGGAAGAGCAAGAGCAAGUCUUUGAAACCCCUCGCAAGAGCAGGAGACGCCACCGUCAUCGGGAACAUAAGGAAGAAGGCGAUGAUGAGGAGGAGGAGGAGGAAGGGAACGAGGAGGGGGAGGAUGAUCGAGAAAGAAGGAGGAGACGGAAGAGGAGGAAGGAGAAGCACAGUAGCAGACGGCACCAUCACAAGAAGUCGAAAAGAAGAAAAAGGCAUCAUUCUAGCGAAGAAGAAAAUGGGAGUCCUGAAGACGUGGAUGCAGACGGAGCACGGGCCCCUUCAAAGAAGAGACGCUCCGUUCACCGAGAAAGAAGACACCCUUCCGAGCAGGACGAGGAGGAAGACUGGCACGGCGAGAUGGACGGUCCCGAUGACGAAGGCAGGAUGGAGAGAGCGAGAGGAAGGAGGGGGCAGAGGAGGAUGAGUAGGGGAGGUGAUAUGUGGGGGAUGAGAGGCAUGGAAGAGCAGCAGGAGGAACAGGGAUACGGGAGCUCUGGAGCCGAUUCGUGGGAGGAGGAGAUGAGGAAGUACAAAGCCCACCAGGCAGGGUUUGUAGAUGAAGAAUCAGAGGAGGAGGAGAUGUCACCCCGUAUGGCUGGUGCCCAACGUGGGAGGGGUAGAGGCAGGGGCAGGGGAAAGCCCCCUCCUGGUGCCAAACAUAGUUUCAUCCAAGAGAAAUUGAAGAAGAUAGCUCUCGCUGCUAAGAUGAAAGGCAAAGGUCGAGGUCGUGGAUCCGGGCCCCCCGGUCCUAAACCACCCAAAGAACCAGUAGGAGAGAAGAAGAUGAUGCUACACCUCAUCUGCAAAUUUUACCUUGAAGGUCGCUGCAAGAAGGGAGAGAACUGUACUUAUAGCCAUGAUCUGACGCAACAGAGAAAGCAAGAACUCUGCAAAUUUUACGUCAGCGGCUUCUGCAAUAAAGGAGAUACUUGCCUCCAUUGUAGCCAUUGCCCGUUAAGCUCGGAAGAUGAGGGCACUGUUCAUGGCGAUGAGGAGAUGCAGAGAGGAGAGAGGUCGGCCAGGAGAAAAGGGGAGGUUGUUGAGGGUUCCGAUAUGGACUUAGCUAGCGACAUAGACCAAGACCCUUGGCCAGAACCCGGUCUUCCCCCUUGGGUCCCAACCAAAGAAGACCUAGAGAUUGAGAAAAGACUCUGGUGCUGGAUGACCCCGGACCAGUUACCCGAUCGUCCAGACCUCGUUGAAGAGCUAGGGACCGCUAUCGGGUCCUGGUUCCGUGCCGAUCCCUCAAACAUGUACGAAGAUGCUCUUGAAUUUGCAGAGUAUUGGGUCAGGCAUGAAAUGGAAAAGGUGGAGGCCCAGAAAGAAGCCCUGGGGGACUCUAUCGAACCUGGUCUUGGCGCUUGGGUUCCAGUUCAGGAACCUGCUCUGGAAGACAUUGUAGACAUUGAUCCCAAAGUAAUAGACCCAGAUAGACCUGGUCCGGGGUAUCAUUUCUAUACUACACCUGGGCCAGAGGAAACUGUUCUUCGUUGGGCCUAUUUACCAAAGAGCGCCCUCCUCCAUGCACCUGAUGUACCUUCCUUAACUCCUAAUCUACGUGAUUUCCCAUGCAAGUACUUCCAUUCAGGUUCAGAAUGCUACCAAGGCGAGAAGUGCCGCUUCUCCCACGAACCAUUGAAUCCUCACACCAAGAUGCUUCUGGAGAAGUCCCUAUCCUCUUUUGAAGAGUUUCAAGAUGGUCCCCCACGCUCCCCGUCUAAGACCAAAGGUCUUCUUCCCACCCCUGGGGAUACAAGUCACAUACCAUCUUUGCUUGACAUUGACGUUCAGCCUCCACAGUUAGAGGAGCCACCAGGACCGAUGUCCUUUUACGGCGCUGACAAUCCUGAGUACGCUGAGCCCAGUCAGCAGGGACCUGAUCAAGGGGACUACCAAGGACAGUUCCAAGACCAGCAAGGAGGACCUGGUCCAUAUUCAGACCAAUACCAGCAGCAACAGCAGUAUCCACAAGACCAGGACCAGUACCAGGACCCAUAUGAGAUGGUAAAUCAGUUUGUGUCUCUGGCCCGAUCGAACCAUGAUCAAGCGCAGAAUCGGGAUUCCACUCGUCAGGGCCAAGACCAGCAGGACGUGGAUUCAAACAGAGGUCAGGAGACAACACCCUUACCAAGCUCUCAAAGUGAGGACAACUCGGCUAGUUCGGACAAAGAAAUCUCUUCAAGUGACUUCCAUCCACGUGAAAGAAAAACCCAACUUCCAUCCCCUCCAACCGACAACAGUACUAAAUCCCCUCCCCAAGAAGAAAUGGAACAGUCCGGGCAGCAGGACACCUCAGCCCCUACGUCGUCCAGCGCUUCCAGGCCCGUCCAGGGUGAACUGUCUCCUGAGCCGUCGCCUCCCCAAGGUUCUCCUGCAGGCCAGAAGCCUGAGAAACAGUCCAUCCCUGCCUCCAUCCCGGCAAAGCAGAAGGCCCUCUUCAUGAGGAUACAACAGAAGCAGCAUGAUGGGAAGACAGGAAGUGAUGUCAAUUCAGAGUCAGAUGACAAUAGCAAGCGUAAGUCAUCUCAAGACGAGGCGCUCUGGUAUUCAAGCGAUGAAGAGGAACGAGCUAAGAAGAAAAGCUCCUCUGCUAAGAAGAUGAAUGAGCCAGUCAUAACCCCUAAGGAUUCUGCAGAAAAAACGUCAGAUCCAGGACUUCCUGCUGACACUGGUCUGAGCUCUGAUGCUGUCAAAAAACUGACUGCCAUCCAAAUCCCAAGUGCUCUCGCCAAUCUUUUCGCUGGAAAGACCACGCCCACAACUCCGUCGAGUUCUGGUAACCAGGUGACUUUCAAUCUUCUUGAUUUUGUCAAGAAGGGACCUGCAGCAUCCAAACCCGCCCCUCUGACUCCUACUUCACCUCAGACUGAAAUCUUGGACUCUCCUAUGUCACCGGUCAAUGAGGAGUUUAGGUUGAUUGAAUGUAUUCGUGAACCAGGUAGACCAGACCCUCGUUCAGGGAGGGAGAAAAGGGACAAGUCUGAUAUGCGUUUUAGAGUUUUGCAUUGGAAAGACAAUAAAUAUUCCAUCAAUGACCCAGACGAUAGGCCGUCACUGCAACCGAUUGAGUUAACAACACCAACUGAGCUUAAAGGUCAGCCCAACUUUCCAAAGACAACUCUCUCUCAAUUCAUGCCUGGAAAUCAAAUGGCCCAACCCAGCAUGACAGUGCCGCCAAGUCAAGGUCCUAUUGACCCAAGAAUGAAGAGAGAUCCCCGGCUUGCAAGAAUGCAAGGACUUGAGGAAGCCGCAGGUCCAAAGGAUCCACGUAUGAAUAGAGACCCCAGGUCAAUGGCUUCAAACGUGCCAAAUAUGCCAGACAUGGGAAUUAAUAACAUGCCCCCUCCCCUUCUGCCAAUGCCUGAUGAAAGAAUGAGACACAUGGGACCGGGUCCUAGACCUUCACCUCAAGAUGGACUUUUACCCAUGCCACCUGGGGGCCCGAGACCACCACUUGGACCACUGCCUCCGUUUAUGCCAGGUCCUAGGGGUAUGUUGCCGCCAUUUGGUGGACCACUUCCUCCAAUGGGUAGGUUUCCUCAAGAUAUGCCUCCCCCAGACAUGAACAUGCCACCUAGGGGUCCACCUUUCCAAGGACCUGGACCAAGAAUGGGUCCUGGACCUGGGCAUGGUCAACAUCCUCCAUUUAUUAGGACUCCAUUAAUCAGACAGAUGUCCGAUGGAUCAGGUAAUGUCUCAGGCCCUCCCAAUUUUCAGGGUGGACCAGGCCCAGGAGAUCUGCCAAUGAACAGAUUUAGAGGACCUUCGCCAAACGAUCCGAGGGGUAAUGUCAAUGACCCAAGGAACAUUAAUCCUAGACAAGCAGCUCCAGAUCCGAGACAGGCAGCGCAGGAUCCUAGGGAUCAAAGACAGGCAGCACAGGACCCCAGAAGUCAAAGACAGAUAGCACAGGAUCCUCGAGAUCCAAGACAGAUGGCACAAGAUCCGAGAGGUCAGAACCAGACAGUACAAGAUCCUCGAGAUCCUAGACAGACGGUGCAAGGUCCCAGAGAUCCUAGACAGAUGGCACAGGAUCCCAGAGACCCACGACAAGGUCUUCAAGAAUCGAGAGAUCCCAGGCUUGCACAGACUGACUCUCGAGAUCCCAGGAAAGGUCCUCCUGCAGAGAGCCGUGAUCCUCGACUUAUGAGGCAAAUGAGCAGUAACAAGCCCGGAGGUGGCAGUCCUUCUCAGUCAGACAACUUGCCAGCUCAAGAUAUCGAUGAAAGGUUGAACAUUCCCAAACUUCAGGAUGUUGAUCUUCGUAGGCAGGUUCCUGACCGUAAAGCCAAAUUGCAAGGAUUCUCUAUCCCAAAGUUGCCGAAGCGAUGCGAUGUAGCUGAAGCUGACACGACUAGUGGGGAUCCUGAUAAUUUGGGUGGCAGCGGUGGGAUUAGUCACAGGAAGGUACCCAGUGCGCACCACGGUCUUCCACAGGGUCUGUCAUCGUUUGAUGUCGGUGGUAAGACCAGGACUAAUUUCCCCAGCGGGGAUCCAAGGACUAAUAGCGGGAGGGAUUCUCCUCAAAUGACCCUCCAGAUUCAGAUCCCUGGUAACGGGGAAGGCGAUGGUGACAUGGCUGCGGCAAUCGCUCAACUAGCCGAGGAACCUGAUAUCCAACUUAAGGACAUGUUCAAGACCCAGGAUCCUACAGCAUCGCCGUUCUGUUGAUAACCCCAUGAAAACCAUGCCAUUCUUGUGAGAAGCUGCCAUUUGAAAUGAGUACUUAUUAGAUUUAACACCAGUGACCCAUGCAUCAUUUAUCAGUUUCUUGGAACUUAUUAUUUGAUAUUUUUCUCUACUGCUAUAAGCCACUGACAGCAUGUUACUUGAUUGGCUGAUAACGAUGCUGUCGUUAAUUUUAAGCAUUUGUUAUUGAUAGCAAGUUUCAUGAAACAAUCUGUUGGUUACAGUGUUGUCCCACCUGGAAGAUUUAGCCAUUAUUAUGGUAAGCUGUUUUGUCAAUUAUACUGUGUUUACACUGAAUCGGCUUUUUCAUAGCGUGUAAACGUGAGUAACUUGCAUCGGCUCGCGGUUCAGAACCGGCAAUUUGCACCACCAAAGUAGUAGGUUCUGAACUGCGAGCCAAUGCAGAAUCGGCUUUUUUACUACGUGUAAACAGAAAGCCGAUUCUGCAUCGGCAAUUUGUGCGCAUUUCAUUUACUUAACCAUUGUGACGUAAUUGUAAGCGCACUGAUCCAGCUUUUGGUUCUUAACCAAAAGCCGAUCAAGUGUAAACACGGUAUUAAUCUUAUUUCAAGAAUUAAAUUCUUGUUAUCAAGUGGCUUGCAAUAAAUAUGUCACACACUGACUGAAUCAUUCUGGUGGAACAGCCUCCUCAAUACAUGUAUAUGAGAGAAUGUUUAUUUUGAAAUUAUUUGAAGACAUGAGUCAGUUUUGUUUCAACAUCAUCAUGAAGAAAAUUGUCUUUUUUUUUGUUCAUUCAUAUGGUACGUCCACAUUGUAUUAACAUAGAAGAAUGUGUUGCACUAUGGCCGAGUGAAAUGUGAGACUCAAAUAGUAUUUAUAUACAGUUUGUUUGUUCUGUGAACAUAUCAAUUGUUGAAAGCUGAAUACAAUUUUAUAAUAAAGAGUAAAAUAAUGCCCUCCACUUUUGUACAAUUUAACAUCUAUAGCUAUAUUCAGUAAGAGGGUAUGGAUCUAUUGUCUAGGGUCAGUUUUCAUUGAUUUUUGUAGUUUGUUUUAAUUCCAUCAAUCAAUAUUUCUUUUCUCAUUUCUACUCUUUGCCGUUUUGACUCCUUUUUUGUUUUCUUCCUCCCUCUCUUUCCCUCUUCCUCUAACUUCUCUGCCUUUUUCUUAAUAUUCGUAUUUCCUUUUUCCAUCUUUUCAUUUUCCAUCUUUCCUCUUUUACAUCUUCUUCUUUACCAUUUUUUUCUUUUUCUUCUUCGUCUAAGUCUUCCUCUUAUUCUCCUUCAUUUCUCUUCUUUUUUUACUCUUGAUUUAAUUUUCCUCUACAAAAUUGAGAGAGUUGUAAAAUAUGAGAAACUUCUCCAUGUACUUUCUAUGGCGAUUAUCAAAUUGGCAAUAUCGCUUUAGAAUGACAGACAUGUGUGCAACCUUCUGUUUUCUGCCUCAUUGGCACGAAUUAUAUCUCAAGAUAGACUGUAUUUGUAUUACAAAAUUGAAUUUCCUUUGAUGUAUCUGAGCUGAGAAGAAAGUAAAAUGUGACCAGCCACCCAACACCAACAAGUCAGCUGACAUAUUUUUUUAUCAUUAUUAUUUAGCUUGAAAUUGCACAUCCUAAGCUGUAAAGGGAUAAGUAACUUGUCAAAAUUAGACACCAAUAACCUUGAAAACUUCAACUUUUGACAGUAUGAUGAAGAAAACUUUUUUUUUAUGUAGGCAAAUUAACAAAGAACCUUCCCUGGUGACAUUUUGUUGGUUUGGGGUACACAUUAAGGGGUGAUACUGAGCAUAUUAAAAUUGUAGGAACUCAAAAAGCAUUUAAAUUAUCACUGCAAAAUUAAUGAAGUCUACAAAAGUCAAACUUCUUUAUUAAAUUCCAAGCAUUUUUAUGACCAUGAUGGUGUUUCACUGGGAUUUACAAAAACACUAUAAAUUUUAUACAACUCUGCUUACUGUAUGAACCUUACCACAGUUGUUUAAACAGUUAAACAAGUGUUUAAAAUCUUAAACCACAAAGCUUUAUUUUCAGAUUUAAUUUUCAAUAAA